CUUGGCUCAGGGACAGCACUGACUGCUAAUGCAGACUGAUGCCAACAUGGGAAAGAUCAUAUUCUACGAGGACAGGAACUUCCAGGGUCGCUACCAUGAGUGCAGCAGUGACUGUGCCGACCUGUACACCUACUUCAAUCGAUGUAACUCCAUCCGGGUGGAGAGUGGCUGCUUCAUGGUGUACGAGAGGCCCAACUACAUGGGCAACCAGUACUACCUGAGGAGGGGGGAGUACCCCGAUAACCAGCGCAUGAUCGGCAUCAGUGAUGGUGUCCGAUCCUGCCGAUUGAUCCCUCAGUACCGAGGAUCCUACAGGAUGAGGCUUUAUGAACGAUUUGACAUGUCGGGUCAAAUGCAUGAGCUGGUGGAUGACUGUCCAAACGUCCAGGACCGGCUCAGCGCUUCCGACUUCAACUCCUGUAACGUGAUGGAUGGACACUGGCUGAUGUACGACCAGCCCAACUACAAGGGCCGAGUGUACUACCUGAGGCCUGGAGAGUACCGCAGGUACAGCGACUGGGGAGGCGUCAGCCCGAGAGUCGGAUCCAUCCGGAGGAUCACCGAUUCCAACUGAAGUCAAGACUCUGUAACUGUCUGUUCCCUCAAUAAACCUGCUUAAUAAAUA